UUCUAAGCUGUUAUAACAAAAAAGUGUUUGCUUUUUUUCACAAGUAACUUUAAAAGUGUAGUUUAGAAAGAAAACAUUUUCAAUAAAAAGACACUACAUUAAUCCUGGAUGCUUGCAAAUCCUAAAAUAUAUUCCUCCUUUAGUAUUACACAGCUCUGUGUCAUAUACACAGAUUAGCUUUAAAAUUUGUCACAUUCCACUUUGCCUUUACUUUUAUGUAUCAUUCCCCUGACUUCCUUACUGCAGGUUGGGCAAGAAAACUUUUCCUUUAAAACUUUUCAACAGCGGGCAUAAAAUUCUGCAGCUGAGGUCUUGAAGAAUGCAGAUGGGAGACGAAACCAGACAGAGGGUCAAGUUUACAGAUGACCGUGUCUGCAAGAGUCACCUUCUGGACUGCUGCCCCCACGACAUUCUGGCUGGGACGCGCAUGGAUUUAGGAGAAUGUACCAAAAUCCACGAUUUGGCCCUCCGAGCAGAUUAUGAGAUUGCAAGUAAAGAAAGGGACCUCUUUUUUGAAUUGGAUGCGAUGGAUCACUUGGAGUCCUUUAUCGCUGAGUGUGAUCGGAGAACUGAGCUUGCCAAGAAGCGGCUGGCAGAGACGCAGGAGGAGAUCAGUGCAGAAGUUUCCGCAAAGGCAGAAAAAGUACAUGAGUUGAAUGAAGAAAUAGGGAAGCUUCUUGCUAAAGCUGAACAGCUAGGAGCCGAAGGAAAUGUGGAUGAAUCCCAGAAGAUUCUUAUGGAAGUGGAGAAAGUCCGUGCAAAGAAAAAAGAAGCUGAGGAAGAAUACAGGAAUUCCAUGCCUGCAUCCAGUUUUCAGCAGCAGAAGCUGCGUGUUUGUGAAGUCUGUUCAGCCUACCUUGGUCUCCAUGACAAUGACCGUCGUCUUGCAGACCACUUCGGGGGCAAGUUACACUUGGGGUUCAUUCAGAUCCGUGAGAAACUAGAUCAGUUAAGGAAAACUGUGGCUGAGAAGCAGGAGAAGAGAAAUCAGGAUCGGCUGAGGAGGAGAGAGGAGAGGGAGCGGGAAGAACGACUGAGCAGGAGGUCUGGAUCAAGAACCAGAGAUCGCAGGAGGUCACGCUCCCGGGACCGGCGUCGGAGGCGGUCAAGAUCUACCUCCAGAGAGCGGCGGAAGUCGUCCCGGUCCCGGUCCCGAGACAGACACCGGCGCCACCGAAGCCGUUCCCGGAGCCACAGCCGGGGCCACCGCCGGGCAUCCAGGGACCGGAGUUCGAAAUACAAGUUCUCCAGAGAGCGGGCCUCGAGGGAGGAGUCCUGGGAGCGCGGGCGGAGUGAGCGGGGGGCCACCGACUGGAGGCUCGAGAGCACCAACGGGAAGACCGCGUCACGGAGGUCGGAGGAAAAAGAGGCUGGCGAAAUCUGAACCCACGCCCAGGCGCUGUAAAUAGUCCAAUACACGUUUGACACAGCCUAACGUUACCCUUUAUAUUUGCUGAAUACAACUCAUCUUUUGUAGUUUACCAUUUCUAUUGUUUUGGAGCUAGCUGUGAGUUUCUCGAGAUGUACAGAGUUGCUCCUGUGUUCUGGGUUAUGUCAAGUGGGAAUAAAUAGCCUGACAGACUG